AUGAUAUGGUGGUGGGGUUUGGGUUCCAUCUUUCCCUUUAUGAAGUGGUUGGAUUCCGUUGAAUUAUUGCUUGAGGAAAUGUUGGUUGUGUUCCCAAGGAGAAGUGGAAGGCUAAUUUUACCGUUCAUUCUUGUGUGGUCGCGUAAUGUUGCUGUUUUUGCUUUGUUUUUUGUGAAGAGUGAUGCCAAGUGUGCUGCUACUUGUAAUCAUUUAGGGUGCAUUUUCCUGUUCCAGAUGGGUUUAACCUACGAAAAGCUUUGGGGCCUAGCUGGUAGGAGCACUUUGCUCCCAUGUGAUUGGUGUAAGGUCACCGGCUAA